AUGGACUACGGGCAUAGUAUUGACGUUACAAAUACUUCUUGUUCAAUAAAUCUACCGCACAAGGAUCUACUCGAAGAUAUACAAGAAUACAACAAGACCUGUCGUCCACUGAUGAAAGCAUCAUUUAUGGGCGACUGGCAAGCUGCCAAGGCCAUCAUUGAUGAACGGCAGGAGCUGGUACUGUUUUCUAUCACAGCCAAUCAGGAGACACUGCUCCAUCUUGCUGCUUCAGCAGAAAACACCAAGCAGACACAAGAGUUUCUGCAAAAUCUUGUAAAUAUAUUGGAAAUGAAAGACUUGGAACUUGAGGAUCGCAAUUCCUGGAACGCCUUUCAGAUUGCAGUUGCAAAUGGAAGUAUGGAAAUGGUUGAUAUAAUGCUACAAAAGAACCAAGCCCUGCUAAGUAUCCCCAAUAUGAAGAACGAUUUUCCAUUAAGCAUAAGUGCUUUCUAUGGACAUCUUGACUUGACAAGGCAUCUGUAUCAACUUUCCGAGGGGACGAUCGACACGUACAUGACAACCAGGGAUCUAAAUUUUUUUGUCUGCCACUGCAUUAGGAGCGAAAUGUUUGAUAUAACAUUAAAACUAUUGACCAAAUUCCCUUACAAAAUGUUCGAUCAAACUUAUAUGAUUAUACUCGAUGAAUUGGCUCGAAGGCCUGAAGGCCUGAUUCACUUAAUAGACCAAAACAGAAUAUGA